GAAAUGAGAGUGAAACAAGAUUCUGGAAACAACUUAGAAAGAGAAGUUAUACUUUUGUAAAAAAAAAAAAAAUCUUACUUAAACAAGAGCAAUGAAACUUUUCUAUGGCUUGCUUUGGACUUUAUUUCAUGUUUGCUGGAUGCUGGAGGCUCCUAAAUUAGUGAUUUCAUCCCUUGGGGGCUCAGCAAUUAUCUCCUGCAAAUAUAGAAGAGGGGAUGAAGAAGCUGUCAAGUAUUGGUGCAAAGAAGGAAGUUUUAGAUUCUGUUCUCGUAACCGCACCAUCCGAACAACAGGAGCAGAGAAAGAGGUGAAGCAGAAUGGAAUGUCCAUCAAAGACAACCAUGUACGUCUUGAAUUCAAUGUGGUCAUGGAGAACCUCACUUACAAUGAUGCUGGGACUUACUUAUGUGGGGUGGAGAGAAAAUAUGACACCUGGAAGCCAGUGGAACUCAUCGUGCUUGCAGAUAAUGUUUUCACACCUACAUCUAGAAACAAAGAAGAUAAAACAGUAGAACCAAGUGAACCUCCAUUAUCUCCUGAAAGAAAUCAACUCAGAAGCCUUGAUUUUAUCCUGCUCAUCUUGAAAAUAGCCAUCUUUUUAACUAUGCUGGCUGCUAUACUUUGGCUGCAUAUAUGGUACAGGAGAGGAAAACACUCUAGGGUCCAGAUUUCAGAGACAGAAGGAGCAAAAGGAUAA